AAUUACAAUAUACGUCAGUUGAUCAAAGUAAUCAAAUAGAAACUGAAGACGAUAGGUCUGAAACUACUACUGAUUCUGAUGAUUCUAGUGCUAUUAUACGGCCAAUUAUUUCUGAGCAUAAUCAUAGCCUUACACCACAUCGUGAGGAAUUUGCACCAUCUUUGCGACGACUGUCACAGGACAUUUUAGAUGAAAUUAAGUUUAUGACUCAAAAAUGUGAAUAUAAUGCUAGACAGCAAAGAAGGUAUCUUGUCAAUAAGUUUCCUGGUGAUGCCGCUCUGAUGCUUGAAUAUUUGAUUUCUAAGCAGCGUAAAGAUCCAAAUUGGAAGGCCAAACGCCAACGUGAAUCUGAAUAUAGAAAUCAGCUUCCAUUCAUUGGUCUAUCUACUAUUCAUAGUACUUUUUUUUCCCAAAUCGAUGAAAUUUUAAAAAAACAUUUGACUUUUGAAGCACUUGCUUGUCAAAGACUUCAGAUUAGUCAAUCUUGUCUCUACUGCCCAUAUAGAAUUAACAAUUCAACCUUUAACCAAAAUGAUAACUUAGAAUAUACUGCUAGAUUUCUUGAGGAUGAUUAUCAGGAAGGCCGCAUUCUACUCUCAUCAAUGCUUAAAUUAGUUGAAACUCAAAGUAUUGGUGAAAUUUGGCAAAUUAGAUUAUUUAGUAAUCCAGCUUCUUAUAGUGAACAUUAUAUUAUAGUUCUAUAUGAUGGAACUCAUUUAUGUUCUUUACAAAUGAUACCUCGACAAUGGUUUACGAAUCCUACAAAUGUAAUUAAACAACCAAGCACUAUUACUAUUACAAACACUGUAACAGAUAUACAGGAGAUACAAAAUGAUGAAUCAAGUGGUGGCUUUGCUAUAAUUGAACAGAUUAGAGAACCAGACUGUUUUAACAAUGAAGUUCAACAAUACACAUCCAAGAAAGCUUUGUAUUGUCAAGGCAUUGGCAUUGCUAAAAAAGGUGUCCAAGUUGCACUGGAUAGUGAUACUAUGAAUGAGUUUAUUGGUCAAAUGCACACCUUUAUUGAAUCAAAAUCUAUUAAAGUUGACAACUCAUUAAGAUCAGAUAUUAUUAGAUUAAUAACAAAUCCUUAUGUUAUUUCACAUCGUGGUCGACCAAAGAAGCAGUUAUAUGACUCUUUAGAAGUUAUUAACAAAUCGAAUUCUCAUCAAAUUCUUAAAUUUAAUAAAGUACUUAAUGAAUCUGAUAUUACAAACAAAUCAAUGCGCAAAUGUUUCUAUUGUAAUAAUACAGGUCACUAUGCUAAUACUUGUGAACUAAAUCCUAAAAACAAAAAAAAAAUAAUAAUUAGACUUGAUGCACCUAUUUCAAUGGCUCAACAGUGA